AUGUUGAGAGGUGAAGGAAGCAAGCAGCGUUCACAAGGAUGGGAGAUGAUAAGAGGAGCAAGGAGGAUACUCAAAACACAAACCAAGGAGGACAUAGAAGAGAAGAGGGUGAAGAGAUCAAUCAAGAGAUUGAGGAGAGUGAGCAUGAGGGCAAUGAGAAUGUGCCCAUGGAAGAGGAGGAGUCAAGGAAGAGAGGAUGAGCUCCCCAUGUACCAAGAGCACUAUGAUGCUCUCUUCUCCAUGGACUUCAUGGAGACCAAGUACCCACAUGUUGACACAUGA